CAACAAGCAGGCUAAUUUAUGGCAAUACGCCUGGCCAACUCCCAAUCGGCUAUAGUAUUACAACUCUCAGAUGGUUCAUUUUGUCAAUUCUGUCCAAGGAAUAGGCUAACUGAUCGUAUGAUCUCAGCUACAUUGUGCAAAUAUGAAAUUGGCACAACUUACUAUGCAAUGCAAUAAAAUGUUCAGUAUUAAAUCUGCUGUAGAGUACAUAUGGUCCCUUCGAGUUAAUGAACUCUGGACAUUUUUUAACUGUGUAGUCAGUAACCUCCUGCAUAACCAACCUCAAAUUGACCAGGGGAUGCAGAUAAAUGGAAGGUUCUAAAAAUAUCUAUGCUUUACAUUGGAUUACAUUACAUUACAGUUAUUUACCCAAAGCGAUUUACAGUUUUGAUUAGAUUAGACUAAGUAGGGGACAAUCUACAUACGGGGAUAAGGGCGACAUCAGGGCUUGAGCCACCAAUCUUCUCGGUCCCAGUCAUAUACUUUAGCCACUAGGACACCUGAUUCAUCUUAUUGAGUUCUUGACUGAAGACGAUAAUUAGUUAAUUAGUUGAAUCAGGCAUAAUAGUGUUGGACGAAAACAAAAAACCACCCAGAUUGGACAGCCCUGUUUUACAGAAAUAACUUGCUGCUUGGCAGAUAUUUUGCCUAUGUUGACAUAGUAUAAAAUAUAUGGCAUCUAACACAAUUAAAAAAAUUUUAAUAAACAAAAAUGAAUGAAUUAUUUUCAAUAUAAAAAUGACAAAGCCUAUAAAGCAGAUGUUUUCAAUCUUAUCGAGGUCCAAAACCCUGCAGACGUUUUCUCAGCUUUGUUUUGUAAAGGGCCUUUGUGACAGUGUCCCUUUGUAAAAGGGGGCUGUCUGAUCAACUUCCGGAUUAAGCUUCCAGCUGUGCAUGUUGUCUGGUUUUCACAAAUUCCAAAUCUGCCAAUGUUAAUUGUGACAUUAGCCACUUAACACACCAUGAUAAAAUUAGCUUUUUAAGCGCACCUCUGAUUGCAGUAAUUGAUUGCUAACUAGUCACUUUGCACCACACUUGGUAUUUAUGGCUCUCUCCUGGAGCACUGACAGGAGCACUGCGGCACAUUUUAGGUUUUUAAUCAGAGGUGUUCACACCUAAUUAAUUUUGAAGACAGUUCAUCAACCCUGCUAGCCAAGAAGUGCGGCUUGGAUGGUAAGCACUGAGACUUGUCUGAGGAGGAGAUCCAGUUGGUAUGGCUCGGACCAAGAGUUUCAAAUUGACCUUCCACCCACCAUGGUGAUAACCAAGGGACUCCCUGGGCGCUACACGGCCGUACAGAUGCACCUGCACUGGGGAGGAUGGGACCUGGAGGCCAGCGGCUCGGAGCACACCCUGGAUGGCAUCCGUUACAUGGCAGAGCUGCACGUGGUCCAUUACAAUUCAGACAAGUACAAGAGCGUCACAGAGGCCCGGGAUAAACCAGAUGGACUGGCAGUGCUGGCGUUCUUUUACGAGGACGGGCAUUUUGAGAACACAUACUACAGUGAUUUCAUCUCCAACCUGGCCAAGGUCAAAUACGCAGGGCAGUCCAUGACCAUCACCUCAGUGGACGUGCGCUCCAUGCUGCCAGAGAAUCUGUCUCAUUUCUUCAGGUAUCAGGGCUCCCUGACCACCCCUCCCUGCUACGAGAGCAUCCUGUGGACAGUGUUCGACACCCCCAUCACAUUGUCCCACAACCAGAUCAGAAAGCUGGAGAGCACCUUGAUGGACCAUGAGAAUCAGACCCUAUGGAAUGACUACCGUAUGGCUCAACCGCUAAAUGACCGCGUGGUCGAGUCCUCUUUCCUCCCCCGCCUCAGUCAAGGCUCAUUCUGCCGACAGGAAGAAAUCGAAGCGAAGCUUCUGAAGAUCGAGGACAUGAUUACAAACAUGGACAAGCGGGUCUCAGGGGGAGUUCAUGAGAAAGGGCCCAAAGGGUUGCGAGUCCUCCGCCCGCUGGUGCUGCACUUCCCCGAGGGAAACGGCGGGGGCUACGCUGAGGUCACCCCCAUGCGCUCCAUGGACCUGCUCUCCUUCACCGCCUGCAUGCACGUACGGGCGCGCCCAGAGGGCACCCACACCAUCCUGUCCUACUCCAGCACCGGCCACGAAAACGAGCUGGUCAUCACCGUGGGCUACGAGGUGGGCCUGUGGGUCGGCAACCAGUACGUCAACUUCGCCCACAGCUUCCUGGCCCUGGACUGGGGGAACUACUGCGUGACGUGGGCGUCGGGCUCGGGCCGGGCCGAGCUGUGGGCUAACGGGACGCGGGUGGAGGAGACCACCCUGCAGCAGGGGUACGACCUGCAGCCCGUCGGCACGCUGAUCCUGGGGCGGAACACGGACAUCCUGCUGGGCCUCAGCGAGCCUGACGGCUUGGUGGGCCACCUGACCGACGUCAACGUGUGGGACCGAGCGCUCGAUCCCGCUGAGAUCCGCCAGCAGACGGCCUGCGGGGCGGACGGGCCCAGGGGGAACGUCCUCAGCUGGGGGGUGACCCCUCUCAGCCUGUACGGAGGGGUGCAGCUCCAGACCAACUACAGGUGCCCCUAAAUAUGGUGGUUGCAUUAAGGUGGGGGAUUUGGUCAAAUGAUAGGGCUUAGCCAAAUAUGUAUAAAAUGGCACAUCUCACGCAAUAAGCAAAAUGACGUCCAUUCACCAAUAUCCACAUAUCAAUGAAUGGAUGAGUCCCUCAUAGUCUAUCACCUGUAUGCUUAUGCUAUUAACAAUUACAAUAGCUCUGCUGUGUCCUAUCAUGUUUUGAUUGCCUCAAUGAAGUGCAAAACGAUCAUGGCUUUAGCUACAUUUUUCACCAAAAUUCUGAAUGCAACACCAAUUGCAUAGCAAAUUGUAACAAUUUCUCUACUGUUAAAUAGAUCUAUAGGAGCUAGACGAAGGAAAGAAACAUUGGCGAUGUACUUUGCCUCUUAACUACAUUGAUUGUUUGAUUUGCCCACUGAAAUGUAACCAUGGAGCAAUACCAAAGGCAAAUGUGUGGAAUGUAGGGAAAACAAACAAGCAGCAAGUACCUACAUGUCUAUUUAGCGACAUUGUGUUUCUUCAAAGAUCAUUCGUUGUCCUUUUUGUUGAAUACAUUCCCUUUAACCUAGCUAAUCUGAGCUUGACAGAGCCUGCAAACAGGCAUGUUACCAACCUCUGCUUCACUUCCUUUGCAGUCACCAUUGUUCAGUUCUGUUCAGAUGAAAAACACAUUGAGUAUACGGGGCCGAGUGCCUAGGAAGUUCAGCUCCAGCUCUUGAGCUGUGCUUGUCUCAUUGGGCUCAUCCCUGCUGGUCUGGUAGAUGUGGUGGGCCUCUCAUCUGGCCUGCACUGUUUCAACAGCUGGCUCAUCUACAGUGAUAUGUUGCUGUUGUUCUUGCAUCGCUGCCAGGAUGCGCACCAUAGUAGUCUGGCAGAUGAAAGGGAGAACCUCAAAGCAGUGCCGUAGGUCAGCUCUUCUCCUGUCAGGAAAGAACAGAAAAGGCGUGGGGGGGGGGGGAUUCACAGCUUUCCCAAGACCAAAAACAAUGAGCCAAGCCAUAAUGUAAUUACAUUUACAUUAAGUUCAUUUAGCAGGCACUCUAAUCUUAUUUACUUCUGAAAAUGUUGUCCUGGAAGGAUUGAUCAUGUAAAAAAUAAGUUGUGCAUCUACUGGUGGAAUCGCAAUAAAAUGUAAAGCUUCAAAAAUGCAA